UUGGGGAAUGCAAUAUAUAGCAAGUUAUACAGACAAAUCUGAGCCACUCUGCAAAUCUGUCUCCCCGUUUUUGUUUCCAUCUUCAACUAAGAUUGUGAAGUGAAACAAACGGCAAGAUGUCGGAAAAAAAGAUGUCUUCGAGUCGCAAGCAUCAUCUAAAAAGUUUGAUGCUGUCCAUCGCCAAAGGUUUGCUGGAGGAGGAGGAGAGAGAGCGGGAGUUGGAGAGGUCGAGGUACAUGGCUGAAAACUGCCCUCCUCUGUCCCUGCCCAGAAGCAUGCAGGAGCUGCAGGACUUCUGCAAGGACCUGCAUCGCAAUAUUGACAGAAUUGAUGAAGAGAGAUAUGACCUGGAGAUGAAAGUCAUGAAGUCCAACAAAGAGAUCGACGACCUGAAGAUCAAGGUUCAGGAUCUGAUGGGUAAAUUUAAGAAGCCUGUCUUGAGGAAAGUGCGCAUGUCUGCUGAUGCCAUGUUGAAAGCUCUGCUGGGCUCCAAACACACCGUCAACCUGGACCUGAGGGCCAACCUGAAGCAGGUCAAGAAGGAGGUCAAAGAUGAGGAUAAGGAACUGCGUGAUGUCGGCGACUGGCGUAAAAACAUUGAAGACAAAGCUGGCAUGGAUGGAAGGAAGAAGAUGUUUGAGGCUGAGGCUUAAGUCAAUGUCUUAUCUUUUCAAAACCUGCAUCUGCUCUGAACAGUCCUGCAGUUUUUUACAUUUCUGUCUUAUUGUCUGGAUUUAUUUACCUUUUCAUUUUUGCAUUAUACAGUAAAUAUGUAAAGAGCCAACAUGUAAGCUGCAGAAACCUUGACUGAAUAAACAAAUAGCACCUGCA